CUUACACUUCAGCGCCGAUGGGUCACCCAUCCGAGAUACCAUAACUGGAAUAGUAAGUAAGGCUGUAUAUUCUGCUUUCACCAGCUACUGCGUAUAAGACCCCAACUCUAUCCCGUAGGAAAUAUGCUGCUUCUGCUCGAUUAUCUUCUUCUUUCACACUUUCUCGGCACCUAACUCACACCAAGCACGAUGAAGGCCCUUUCCGUUCUCCUGUUUCUGUUCCUAGGACUCGUCUCCGCCGCGUUUCCACCGGUUAGAGAUAUCUAUGUUGCAGACUGGGAUGAGCCGAACGGCCACAUGUAUGUCUAUUGGACGAAUGGAGGCAGAUACAGCAAGAUCAUUGUCAGAGUCGAUGCUCUCGACGACAGCUACCACGACCAAGAGGAGUAUCUGGGGGAAGCUACCAAGGCUCACUUCUUCGGCCUCAAGACGUCCACUCAAUACAAGAUUAGCGUCGAGGCAGGAGACAAAGGUGACUACUCUCCAUGGACAACCAUCUAUUGGACUUCCCCCAAGGCGUCUAUGCCCCCUCCCUAUUGGACAACUCGCCUAACGGGGCCUGCCUCUCAGACGGCCGCCAUGGCUUCUGUGGCUCGAAUCCCCGAGACCAUGGAGUCUUGGUAUAUUGACGAAGAUGGCUCCGUCUGGGGUGAAUGGUACGACGAGGGCCACAACCAAUGGAACCGCUACCAGCUCGCUGGCCCCGGAUCUGCUUCCACCAGGAGCGGCAUGGCUGCUGUCUCGCGCACUUCCAACAGAAUGGAAGUCUUCUUCACCUCGCCCGACGGUGCACUCGUCGACUGCUGGUGGACACAGGGCGACUACUGGAAGUGUGAAAACCGCGCGCCUCCAGGUAGCGUUUACGACACGUCUCCCAUUGCUGCUGUCGCUCGCGACAAGGAUCACGUUGAAGUUUGGUUUAUUACCCCAGGUGGUGGUGUUAUGGACUACUUCUACAUCGAGGGCAAAGGCUGGGGAUCGUGGCAAUUUAUUCCCGAAGGUGUGGUCUCUACUUCGUACGGUGGCCUCGCUGCCGUAUCGCGCGCCUCCAACACCAUUGAGGUCUUUGUCACCCGCAAAGACCUCAGUGUGCGCGAUCACUACUGGUACGAUGGCCAGGACUGGAAGGACUUUGAGUUGGCCCCUCCCAACUCAGCCAGCGGCAACAUCAGAGCCGUCUCUCGUAAAUCCAACACUAUGGAGGUCUGGUUUGUUGGUGUGCAGGGCUCUCUUGAAGACUACUACUGGUACGAUGACCAGCCUUGGAAGCACUUCCAGCUCGUGGGCCCGGGCGUUGUUACCGGGGUCACUGGUCUCGCUGCGCUUUCUCGCUCGUCUGAUAAUAUGGAGGUCUUCUAUAUUGCUCAAGACGAGUCCCUCCGCUGCGCCAGGUUCUGGGAAAAAGGCGGUUGGUACCACAUCACGCUAUCGGAAGCAUACACCGUCUCUCAUGCAAGUGGUAUCGGUGCCGUCUCCCGGAGAAGCAACACUUUGGAUGUCUAUUAUGUGAACAAGAACAACUCUGUUGAAGAUCUCUCGUAUACCGCACCCCAUAACAACUGGUAGGUUCACCGUUAGGGUGAAUUCAUCAGUUCCCAGCUUAAGUGGUGCGUGAUAGAUAUGAGUUUCUUAUCUAGCUAUUGAUAUACUACGUUAGAACUAUAAUGGAUUAAAUAGACCUUAGAUUAGAAUAACCCAGGGUUAACAAAUAGAGCCUGAUCAAACCCAUAGCUAAGCUCUCUUACACCACUUGUACCCAUUAUCCACGGCAGCCCACCUG